AAAUUUUGUGAAAAAUGUAUAUGAAAGAAUCGCAACAAAUGCAAAGUUAUUUCGAUAUCAGCUAUUUGAUAGACGAUAUCUUUCUAUUAGGCACAAUAAUUUUUGCCUUUAUAGGAUGGAUUAUUACAGUAAUUUCGUUAAUAGUUUCGAAUGUUAGAGAAAUAGAUCUUCCAUAUUAUUCGUGGUGGGUCACUGUAUAUCAGUUUUUUAUUAUUUUCUGUGUUAUUACAGUGAUUUUAUCAAAUUCUGGAAAUACGUACCGGAUUGCUUUGGUAGGAUUAAUAACAGUUGCAUUAUUUUCCCAAGCAUUAUUAUGUGAUACUAUGUUAUAUUAUUCAAAGCCAUCUCAACGUGCUAUUGCUUCUGGAUGCAUUUUUCUUUCUAUUGUUGACGUUUUAUGGAUAUUAUAUUAUGGAACUUCAAAUGAUUCUGUUUAUCAUUUAUGGACGAAUUCAUAUAUAUCUGAAUCUUCUGAAAAUAUUGAGAAGAACUUUAUUUCUAAAGUUACUUCGGAUAAGGAUAUAACUAGUGAUGAUAAUCAUGUCGCAAUGACAUAUACGACUCAAGAACAUCGUCCAUUAAAUUUUUUGGAUAGCACAGUAAAUAGUACUGCUGUACAGCAUGAAUAUCCACAUAAAGUGAAAGCUAUUUAUUCAUAUAAUGCAAAUCCGGAUGAUCCUAGAGAGAUAUCAUUUCAUAAAAAUGAAAUCUUAGAGAUAUCUGAUGUUACUGGAAAGUGGUGGCAAGCUCGAAAACAUGACGGAACUGUAGGAAUCAUUCCUAGCAAUUAUGUGCAGUUAAUAGUAAAUUGAUAUUACGUUGAGAUUUUUACUGGUUU